AUGCCAGAACAGUGGAAAGACCUAGUAGAGGAGCAAAAGUCGUUCGAAGAUGAAGUUAUCAGAAUCGACGAAUGGUGGAAGACACCCCGCCAAGCUGGCAUCAAACGGCCAUGGACGGCAAGCACUAUUGCUUCCCUGCGCAACACUGUACCAGUGCCUUGUCUCGCCAAUGCUUCCGCUCUGAAGCUAUGGGCCUUGCUCCAUGAGCACCGUAGUAGGGGCACAACUGAGCUAACAUUUGGAGCGACCGAUCCCAUUGCUGUCAGUCAAAUGGCCAAGUAUAUGAGAACUGUUUAUGUAUCUGGGGGAUUGUCCGGUUUCAGCGAAAAUAAUUAUCCAGGAAUGGAUCAUGCAGACUAUCCAUGGGAUACUGUACCAAAAGUGGUUGAAAAGAUUUUUAAAUCUCAGCAAUGGCAUGAUCAAAGACAACGGCAAGUCCGAAUGCAGCAUAGAAUCGAACAGCGGGCCAGAAUGGAGAACUGGGACUAUCUCAUGCCCAUCAUUGCAGAUGGCGAUAUGGGUUUCGGAUCACUGACAGCUACCCUCAAGUCGACUAAGGCCCUCGUUGAAUCUGGUGCGGCUGGAAUCCAUAUCGACGACCUAGCCCUUGGUCUGAAGAAAUUUACUAUUGGUCAAGGUCGCACUAUUGUUCCCACUUCUGAGUAUGAAGAUCGUGUUAAGGCUGUGCGUAUGCAGCUCGAUAUCAUGGGUGCCGAAACUCUCCUCUUUGCCCGGUGUGAUCUCGACCAUGCGGACUUCAUUACUUCCGUAAUUGACCCUCGGGAUCAUGAAUAUAUUCUUGGAGCUACAAGAAACGUCAAACCUCUUCAAGAAGUAAUCGACGAGGCUAUCACCUCUGGAGAGUCACCUACUGCUGCGAGGGAUGAAUGGCUUGUUUCUGCGGGCACUAUGACGUUCGAUGAGGCUGUAGAGGAAGAAAUACUCGGCUUCAAGCAACAGCCUAAAAGUAUCAUUAACAUCCAAUCAAAUGACGACUUAUUAAAUAAUUACAAAUCUCGAGUGGGAUAUGGCACCUCGCUUUCUCAGCGCCGUGCCAUUGCAAAGGAGCUUCUGGGAGUCAACAUUUUCUUUGACUGGGAAAUUCCUCGUUCUCAUAACGGCCAGUACUUGUACAGAUCUACUGUAAAGGCCAUCAUUGAGCGUGCUACUGUGGUUGCUCCGUUGGGUGACGUCUCUUGGGCACGUAUGGACCUCCCAGACUACAACGAUAUCAAGGCCUAUCACGAGACCAUGCUGAGUCGUUUUCCUAGCCGUCUUUUUGCAUUUUCUUGGGGUGGCGAAUGGAAGUUCCCGUCAUCGGCAGGUUGGACAGCAGAAAGGCUGAAAACCGUGUCCCAGGACAUGGCUAAGGACUAUGGGGUAGUCUGGCAGAUUCAGCCGAUGUAUAUGAUCCAGGGUGUCAACAUGGAGAUCGAAAAGUCGGCCGAAAUGUGGGUGAAUGAAGGAAUGGGCGGGUAUUACGAGAAAAUCCAACUCCCUGCUACACAGAGGAAGCCUUGGAAGGUUGACGGCUAUGAGAAGAUGAGCUGGUGUGGUGGAUAUUUAAGCGACGCUUUUUUUGCGGCUAUAGCGGGAGAGGAAAUAUUACAGAAGAAGUAA